AUGAAAUUCAGUUACGUGACCUUUGUGCCAAACAAACAACAACAAAAGAAGGGAAAACGAUCCAAACCUCUCUCCAUGGUCUCUUACUUUACAGACACUGAAAGAUUCUCCACUUCAAAUCCAUUCAAUGGUUCUUUGGAUUUAUCUCUCCAUUUCAAUGUUGAAACGAAAUUACAUUCUUCUCGAAGACAUGUUCCUCCUCCCGUUCAGAUUGUCAUUCCAUCUCUUCCACAGUCACCUCUAUCAGGAUCGCCGCCACAAUUUUCCAAACCAUCGUUCAAACCAAAUCAUCCCUCUGAACCUCAUCCUGGACCAAUUCCUGUCCGUUCAACACAAUCACAAUGGGCAUUAGAUAAGGUUCCAUGUGAAGGUUUGACUUCCAAAACAAUUUCCUAUGGAUCUCCUCAUCGAAAACCACGUUUUUCUCGUUCAAAGGAUGUUAUUUGUUUUCGAGAAUCGAUGAAACCCCCUUAUGCAACAACAAACCUUUCCAACACAACGACAACAUCCCCUCAAAAGUAUGAUCGGUCGCUCAUGAUUGCACCUUCCAGUGCUGUCAAAGUUGAUCAUUGUCCAACAGAAAUGUCACCUUCUGGCAUCCAAAAAGUGACUGUCGUUUCAAAAACUAAGGGACAAAGAAAAGAACGACCAAUCGAUGAAGAAACUCUUCAAAAUGUCACUCUUCAUUCUGGUGAACAAGUGCCUCCAAACACCUCAUGCAACGGUUCUUCAUCGAGUGAUGAAACACCUGUGUUGUUUGCAGUGCCAAGGAAAGUGAGAACUUCGAUUUCGUUAUUCGAGUUGUUGAAUCCUGUAGAUGAUAAAAGUCUUUAA